UCUCAGAUCUAGCAUCAUGGUGAACUUUACUCCUGAAGAGAAGAGUCUUGUCACCAGCCUAUGGAGCAAGGUGAAUGUUGAGGAAGCUGGAGGUGAAGCCUUGGGAAGGCUCCUUGUUGUGUACCCAUGGACCCAGAGAUUCUUUGACAGCUUUGGCAACCUGUCUUCUGCUUCUGCCAUUAUGGGCAACCCCAGGGUGAAAGCCCAUGGCAAGAAGGUGCUGACUUCCUUUGGAGAAGCCGUUAAGAACAUGGACAACCUCAAGGCUACCUUUUCAAAGCUCAGUGAGCUGCACUGUGACAAGCUGCAUGUGGAUCCUGAGAACUUCAAGCUCCUAGGCAAUGUGCUGGUCGUCGUCCUGGCUAGUCACUUUGGCAAGGAAUUUACCCCUGAGGUGCAGGCUGCCUGGCAGAAGCUGGUGGCUGGCGUGGCCAAUGCUCUGUCCCACAAGUACCACUGAGGCCUUUUUCAGAUGACCAGCUCUCCUGUGUGUCUCUUGCAACCUCCUUCUGCACAUGAGUUCU